UAGAGAGUAAAUAAAAAAAGACAGAAAUGGGUAAGAACAAUGCCAUCAUCAUAGCUCUUGCUAUGGUUUUAACCACCGCUAUGAUGAUGGAAGAAGCUACGAGUUAUCCUAUAUGUAACACCGACACAAACGACUUGCAGAAAUGUUAUCCAGCUGUAACUGGAAACAGCCCGCCGGGACCUGACUGCUGCGCAGUGGCUAAAUCCGCUAAUCUUGAAUGUCUCUGCCCGUACCUCACCCAGUCCGGGCUUGACCCAUCAAAAGUCAAGAGUGUUUUAGCCAGUUGUAACGUGGGAAAUCCCUCCUGUUUGUCAUGAUUCAAGAAAGAAGCUGGAGACAGCCGCAGACUUUGCCUCGACCUGAAGAGUCUAUAAGUUAUAAUAUGUUUGAUAAAAAAAAAAGGGUUAUAAUAUGUCAUUUAGCGUUGUUAUUCAAAUAAAUUGCCAAGUUUUCUCUUAUUUUCAGUCGUCCUUUUUAAUGUAAUGUUUAAUCAACAUCUACGUCCUUUUGAUGUUGUGAUUCAAAUAAAUCAUGUUUAGAGUAAGGUUUGCAAUUUGUUUGAAUUAUUCAGGGCAUCCACAUUAAUAAACUCAUAGUGGGGUUCAUGGUUUUAUU